UUAAGUAAGUCCUUCAGCUACAACCGCGAACGUAUACUUUUUGACCUUUGAGGGAAUCCGUAAAACCUCGUGAGACUCUCAGCUCUCGGGGAAGCUGUCAUGGCUGCGCCUGUAUGUAGACGCGGGGUUCUACCCUAAGGAAAACCACAGCACAUUUUCUUUUUCACUAGUAGAAGUGACGUUGGUUUCAUAUUGACAACUUUAAAGCUUUUUGGAAGUGUUUCAGUGGAGAGCAAAAUGAAUAACAAAGCAGGCUCCUUGUUAUGGAACCUUAAACAAUUCAGGACUUUCGUUCCAACAAGCAGAACUAUGAGGCUGUAUCCUUUGGGACUUUGCAAACCAAAAAUAGUUUAUUCAGACUGGAACACUUUAAAUGACUUUCAUAAGAGAAUGCAGUCAUCCGGUAUCAUUAGAUAUCUCUUUCAGGAUGCAUUCAUUUUAAAAUCAGAUGUUGGCUUUCAAAAAAAGGGCAUGAGCACUGUAACAGCCCUUAGAAUUGACAGACUACUUUGUGCUAGAAGAUUGUCUUUUGACUCAAAGCAGUCUCUUGUCUCUGUUGAUAAAUCUAAUGAUGGCUUGAAGAAAGUAAACUUUCAUCACGAAGUCUCCAAUGAAGAUGUUCUUAACAACGAAACAAAACCAAAUCGUAUCAGCAAUAGUACACUGUCUCAGGAGUGUAAUUCCCUUAGUGAUGUGUUAGAUACAUUUUCAAAAGCACCUACAUUUCCUAGUAGCAACUAUUUCACAGCAAUGUGGACAAUUGCCAAAAGACUGUCUGACGAACAGAAGCGCUUUGAAAAACAACUGAUGUUUAGCCACCCUGCAUUUAAUCAGCUGUGUGAACAUAUGAUGAGAGAAGCCAAGAUCAUGCAAUAUAAGUACCUGCUGUUCAGCCUUCAUGCCAUAGUGAAGCUUGGAAUCCCUCAGAACACUCUUUUGGUACAGACUUUGCUGAGGGUGACCCAGGAACGUAUCAAUGAGUGUGAUGACGUGUGCCUUUCAGUUUUGUCAACUGUUUUAGAGGCAAUGGAGCCAUGCAGGAAUGUUCAUGUUCUACAAGCAGGAUUCAGAAUACUAGCUGAUCAGCAAGUUUGGAAAAUAGAAGAUGUCUUAACAUUACAAGCUGUGAUGAAAUGUAUUGGAAAAGAUGCACCGAAUGCUCUUAAGAGGAAACUGGAGAUGAAAGCCUUGAAGGAAUUAGACAGAUUUUCUGUUGUGAAUAGCCAGCACAUGUUUGAGGUACUAGCUGCCAUGAAUCAUCGAUCUCUUAUACUCCUGAAUGAAUGCAGUAAGAUGGUCCUAGGUAAUAUCCAUGGGUGUCCUUUAAAAAUAAUGAUCAACAUAUUGCAGUCCUGCUCAGACCUCCGAUACUAUAAUUUAGAUCUCUUCAAGGGACUAGCGGAUUAUGUGGCUACAACUUUUGACAUCUGGAAGUUCAAAAAAGUUCUUUUUCUUCUCAUUUCAUUUGAAAACCUUGGUUUUCAACCUGUUGAUUUAAUGGAUCUGUUUAUGAAGAGAAUAGUAGAGGAACCUGAAUCCCUAAACAUGAAAAGCAUUAUAUCUAUUCUUCAUGUUUAUUCUGCUCUCAAUCAUGUCUACAAAUGCCAGAACAAAGAACAGUUCCUAGAAGUUAUGGCUAGUGCUCUGACUGGUUAUCUUCACUGUAUUUCUUCUAAAAACUUACUGGAUGCAGUGUAUUCAUUUUGCUUAAUGAAUUACUUUCCUCUGGCUCCUGUUAAUUGUCUUCUCCAAAAAAACGUCAUCAGUGAGCUGCUGACAUCAGAUGACAUGGGGAAGAAUGUCCACAAGCUGCAUAUUUUGGAUACUUGUCUAAAACUUGAUGAUACUGUUUAUCACAAUGACAUAGACUUAUCACUCCCACAGCUUCCACAGGAGCCACCGUCACUUCCAAACACAAAGGUGACAGAGGUGCUGAGCAGCCUUCUGGGAGGUGAAGGACACUUCUCAAAAAAUGUGUACUUGCCACACAAUUAUCAUAUUGAUUUUGAAAUCAGAAUGGACACUAACAGGAAUCAAGUGCUUUCACUUUCUGAUGUGGAUGCAACUUCUGUUACAGAUAUUCAAAGAGUAGCUGUGCUGUGUGUUCCUAAAUCUGCUUAUUGUUUGGGUUCAACCCAUCCCAGAGGAUUCCUUGCUAUGAAAAUGCGGCAUUUGAAUGCAAUGGGUUUUCGUGUGAUCUUGGUCAAUAACUGGGAGAUGGACAAACUAGAGAUGGAAGAUGCAGUCACAUUUUUGAAGACCAAAAUCUAUUCAGUAGAAGCUCUUCCUGCCGCUGCUGUAAAUUUGCAAAGCACAUAAUAAAAUGAGAAUCAACCUUUUUGUAUUAGGAGACAUGCAUUUGUAAAAAUUAAUAAAGGCCACUCUCCAGUUGUCAAUGGAA